CCUCUAAAUGUUCAUGCAAUGAAUUUCUAUUACUGGUCAACAUGUUGGCUUUAGCACAAGUUGCAUUGGUUUUCGCUUUUUUCGGAUGUCCGUCAGAGGCAACUUUUGCGAUUGAAUUGAAUGACGAUUUCGACCAAUGUGCUCCGGAUGUUCCUUUGAUAACGCUGAAUGUGUCUGGGCUAGAGUUCUCCCCAAUCGAAGGUGGAACAAGUAUGCACAUCUCCGGAAGUAUGGUCUUCAUGGAAGAUUAUGUCGCUCCGGUUCGGCUAAAUCUUUGGUCACUGCGUCUGGAACGGGGAACCUGGGUUCCAGGCUCCAUAGAACGUACCGAGAUGAACAUGUGCGGGAAGUUGAUGUCCCCGUUGGAGCCGUGGUUUUUUUUUACCCGUCACUUUCGUCAAAAGCGGUGCCCUUUCAAGGCUGGACACGUCGAAACUCUGUCCAACAUUGAAGUUGGCAGUUUUGGUCUUGAGUUGCCAGCGUCUUUCGCCGGGGACUGGAAAUUUUUCAUGGAGCUGGAACGUCACCUCAAUGGCCAUCUGGUGAAGCAGUGCCUGUCCAUGUCGGCUUCGAUCGUUGAGGUGUAGAUAGUAGGAGACAGGGGAUGCAGUGUACCAUAAUAAAUGUAUGAAGAAUUAUUGAAUUAUAAGAGGAUAUUCGUUCUACUACUUUUGA